AUGCGUCCUCUCUGCACCCGUUUGAUAGAUACCGAUGAAUGUUCAUGUCCUUCAACCAUGUAUAUCGAUUUUAAUGCAAUGAGACAUAAUCUGGAAAAAUUUCAGAAUGUUCUCUCAUCUACAACAAAAAUCAUGAUGAUGGUUAAAGCGUCCGCAUACGGUGCCGGUAUCGAACAGAUUAGUCAAUGGGCUGAAAAUACUGGAAAAAUCGAUUACUUGGGCGUAGUUUACGCAGUCGAAGGUGUGAAAUUGAGAAAAGCAGGAGUUACUUUACCCGUUAUGGUAAUCAAUAUUUACGGUAUUGAUAUUGAUUUUGAGACUUGUCGAAUGUACAAUUUGGAACCAGUCAUCUAUUCUAUUUCGUUACUAAAACAACUGGUUCAUUGGCUCAAGGAAAAUGACCAAGGAACCUUUCCAAAUCUUCACAUAAAAAUGAACACUGGUAUGAAUCGUUUGGGCUUAGAAUUUGAAGAACUUCCAGAACUGUUGGCCAUCCUGUCAGACUGUUUUUGCUGUUCUCUAACAGUGAAAUCGAUCUAUAGUCAUGCUGCAGCAAGCGACGAUCCUCAAGAGGAUCGUUAUACCAACGAACAAGCCAAUUUGUUUAUUUCCAGUGCUAGUGCCAUGGAACAAGGUCUCGGCUAUCCACUACUAAAACACAUAUGCAACUCAAUGGGUACUUUACGUCAUCCUCAGUUCCAUUUCGACAUGGUCCGUAUUGGAGGUGGUCUCUACGGUGCUGCUACUUGUUUUCUACCUUAUCUAGCACCUUUACUAACGGCUAUUUCUUUAACGAGCACUAUUACUCAAGUACGUCGUGUGAAAAAAGGUUCCACUAUCGGUUAUAAUCGACGUGGACUAGUAAAUCGAGAUUCUCUCAUUGGCAUUAUUUCUAUUGGAUAUGCGGAUGGAUUGAAACGACAUUUAGGAAAUGGUCACGGACAUGUAUGGAUACACAAUUGUCGAGUGCCAUUUAUAGGUUCGAUUUGUAUGGAUUAUGCUAUGAUUGAUCUAACCGAUGUUUCGGUAGAAAAUGAACAUGAAUUACAAAACGAAUCAGUGGAAAUAUUUGGUCAUCAUAUUAAUAUUGAGGAAGUGGCUAAACAAUGUGACACAAUUGUCUUCGAAUUUAUCUCAACUAUUGGUCAACGAGUUAGACGUGUUUAUAUUAACGAGAAUCAAUCGACAAAUCUGACCAGUCCAGGUGAUCCGGUAGUUUGA